AUGGCCGACAGCAAAAAAUACAGCAACAAGCUCGCCGGCGCCCGCGUCCUCGUCAUCGGCGGCAGCUCCGGUAUAGGCUACUGUGUUGCCGAAGCUUGCCUCGAAUUCGGCGCCUCGGUCACCAUCUCCUCGUCCCAGCAAUCCCGCAUCGACUCCAGCAUCGACCAACUCCUCACGGCGUACCCGAGCGCCAAAGGCCGCAUCGCAGGCUACGCGUGCGACCUGUCGUCCCCCGGCGUCGAAGCGAACAUCGAGAAGCUCUUCGAGCGAUGCGGCGGGCCGAAAUUCGACCACAUCGUCCACACGGCCGGCGAUCAACUCGCCAUGCUCAAGCUCGAAGAUGCGACCCUGGAAUCUAUACAGAAAGCGGCCAUGGUGCGGUUCAACUCGCCCCUCCUGCUCGCCAAGCACGCGCCGAAACAUCUCAACCCCGGACCGGCGUCGUCGAUCACCCUGACGACCGGCAGCGUGAGUCGGAAACCGAACAAAGACUGGUCGAUCGUGGCCAGCUAUGCGACGGGCUUGCACGGCAUGAUGAGGAGUCUGGCACUCGAUUUGGCGCCUGUCAGGGUGAAUUUGAUAAGCCCGGGGGCGGUGUUGACGCCGCUUUGGGAUGGCAUGGCGAAGGAGAAGAUGGAGAGCUUUAUGGAACACAUCAAGGGUAAAUGCACGACUGGGGAGAUUGGGAGGCCGGAGGAUGUGGCGGAGAGUUAUCUUUACGUUAUGAGGGAUUGGAACGUUUCGGGGUCGGUGAUUGAUACGAAUGGAGGGUUUCUAUUGACUUCCUAG